AUGUCCCUCCUGGAGGAGAAUGCAGGAGUGAAGGUGGACUCUGGAGACCUGGAAAGGGCUGAAAGCCAGUGCAGCUCAGAAGGUCCAAAAGUGGUGACCCGAGUCCCAGAAAAAUUCACCAUUCACGACAAAGACCACAAAGUAUUGGUGCUGAACUCUGGGACCCUCCUAGCGGUUCUAGAGAAAGACUACAUACUCCCAGCGAUAUUCUUAACUUUACCGGCCCGCUUCAACUGCUUGGUGUCUGAGCACAAGGGAAGUCUGAUUUUUUUGGCAGUCUCCAAAGGAGAGCUCUGUCUCUGCUGCAAGAGGGACAAGAAACAAAACCAGGUGACCCUCCAGCUGAAGAAGCAGAAUCUUGCCCAACUGGUUUCCUUGAAGGAAAAAAAAUGGAAGCCCUUCGCCUUCUACAGGGCCCAGGUGGGAUCCCGGAACACACUAGAGUCUGCGGCCUACCCUGAGUGGUUCAUCUGCACCUCCUGCAAUUUGGGUGAACCUGUUGGAAUGACAGACCAUCCUGGACGAAACAAAUGCAUUGACUUUUCAUUUUACCCAGUUAAGAAUGUUGAAAUGAGCCCCAGUGAGAUUAGGGAGUAG